AUGCGCGAUGAAGUAAGUGUCGACACCAGCGCUAAAGACCAGCCACGAGACAAAGUAGCUGGAAGAGACGCACAGUCACAUUUAUACCGUCAUACAAUGACAUUCACAAAACACUUCAGGAUAUUCCAUUUCAUAUUAUUGUUGAUUGGUUCAGGAUUUCUCUACAAAAUCAUCUAUCAAAGAACCGAUGUUUCCUACUUGUCCUAUAUCUUUUCAACAGACCUUUUUGAAAAUUCCUGGAAUAAAAAUACGCCUGUGACUUCAUUUACCUCAAAAAAUACAGAGGAACACAUAAAAUCUAAUGAAAAAAGGCUAGAAGAUCUCUUAAAUCAGGGAGAUGGUAUCAUUUUUCUGGAGACUACUGACACAAUGAAACCAAAGCCUUUGGUUUUAUGCUCUAUUGAAUCAGCAGCUCGUGUAUAUCACAAUAGGCCAAUAGUCUUCUUUAUGAAAGGAUUAGAAAAAGUAGAGUCAGAUGUUGAUGAGAAAAACACAAAAAGACAUUUUCCAACCCUAUCUUCAUUGGAUAACAUCUAUAUUUUCCCUCUGAUAUUCAAUGAUAUUUUUUACAGCACCCCAUUUCUUCCAUGGUAUAACAAGACUAAUCCCAAGCAAGAAAAGUACUGGAUCCAUACCAUCGCAGACAGCUGUAGGUUGGCACUUAUCUGGAAAUAUGGCGGCAUUUAUAUGGAUACAGACAUCAUAUCUAUUCAACCUAUUCCACAACAGAAUUUUUUGGCAGCAGAGCACUUGGAGCUUUCGAGCAAUGGUGUUUUUGGAUUUUCUUCCCAACAUAAUUUUACAUGGAUGUGCAUGGAAGAUUUUGUUCAGAAUUAUAACGGUAAAAUAUGGGGAUUUCAAGGACCACAUCUCUUUACCCGGGUUUUAAAAAAAUGGUGUUCUUUGCAAACUUUUAAAGGCAUAGAAGAUAUCAGUUGUGGGAACAUUUCUUACUUGAACCCUCAAAGAUUUUACCCUAUUCCAUAUAUAUCUUGGAGAAAGUAUUAUGAAGUGUGGCAAAAAUUGCCAACUUUCAAUUACUCUUAUGCUCUCCACUUAUGGAACUACAUGAACAACGAGGAGCAAAGAACUAUGGUUCCUGGUAGUAAUAUGUUGGUGGAGCAUCUCUACAAACAGCAUUGUCCUUCAACAUAUGGAGCUAUUCAAAGAAAUGAAAGCCUUUACCUAUAG